CCUUCCGAUGGAGCUAUAUAACUCUUUCGUCCGAUCGAAGGGUGAUGUCAGCUAGAACAGGAAGGAAAGGAACAGGGGAGCUGUGACGCAAAACUCCACUAGGCUGCUCCACUUUUCUUGCGGCUAAAGGGAAUCAAUCAUCGCCAUUUCUACACACAGCGAGGGGGGAAUAUCUCCAGAGGCCACUCAGAACUGUAUCUGCUUGGAGGCUACCCUUGUGCUGUCUGACACCAAAGGGCUCAUGCACACUUGAUGAUCCCUGGCUACCUUUGCCAGGACGGGGGUGCUAGGCAGCGGGGAAAGAGAAAAAAGAAAAGAUCACGCACGUGAAGAAGAUAUGGUCAUCGAGUCCUGGGACGAAUUCGCGAGCUAAGGUGCAAGGAAAAAUCGCCCUUUUGCUGCUCCGAGCUGCUGGGUCGAAGAAUUUAAGGGCCUCGAGAUUUUGAAGCUGGAACUUGCUGCUUGGAAGAGUUCAUCGACUUAAGCUUGGAGAAACUGGAAGGAGCCAUCACUCAUCGACUGGAAAGCUGUGAGAAGAUCAUAUCACUCAUUGGUUGGAAUCUGAGAAGAUCAUAUCACUCAUCGGUUGGAAAGCUGUGAGAAGAUCAUAUCCGAAGAUCACUGCUGCUGCCGCUGAGAUCCCUGGCUGGUGCCGUGAAUGCUGGUUAUAGCGGAGAUUUCUUGCUAGGAUAUAUGGCAAGGCUGAUGAAGCUCGUAACGGGGGAGACGUCGCUGUAUGCUUCUAUCACACACACGCAAGCCGAGUCUCCAGCCGUGACUCUCACUUACGGUGGCUACAUGCCUCUAACUCGAGCUACGAGCACUGGAGCCGUGAGUAGCAGUGAAAGUAAUGGACUUAACAUCGUCGCGGCGAUUUUGGUGACCGCCUCCUCGAUGAUGAUCCUGCUGGCUCUACGUCUCUGGCUUUGCAAGUGCUCUCCUUCGCGGAGCUCUAGCCCCAAUCCCUCGUCCUCAACGAGCAGCGAUGGCUCCAAGAAGAAGGCUGGGGAUGGAUUGGACAAGGAGGAUAUCAACAAGUUUGCACUCGUGGAUUUCCAGGCGCUGGCGAGCAGCAAGUACGAGAAGACGUGCACGGUUUGCUUGUGCGAGUUUACCUCCAAGGACGUCGCAAUUCGACUCCUGCCGGGUUGCAAUCACUCGUUUCAUCCGGCUUGCAUCGAAAUGUGGCUCUUCUCGCACACUUCGUGCCCGAUUUGCCGCAAGAGUUUGCUACCCCUGGCUAUGGUGGCCAAGAGCUCGAGUUCUUCCACACAAGAUCAUGCGCAAGAAGAGCACCAUCGAGGAGAGGAAGUUGUUUAAAAUGCAAGGAAAGAGCUUGCUUGGUCUCGCGGCUUUGUAUUACUAGCGUUCCCUUCGAUGGUGCUUGAGGAAGUGUGUGUGUGUGUGUGUGUGUUUUUUUUUCCAAGACGACCAAAGUUGACGGAUCACAUACGUAUCAAAUCUCAAAAAGAAAUCUCGUUUUGACUAA